GAGAGGGGAGAGGGAGGUGCUGGGAAAAGGUGGAGACUGAGUGGAGAGAGGAUGGGAGAGAGGAGGAGGUCCUCAGUAGUUCAGCUUACUUCUCUAAGGCCACUACAGCUCUCAGUUUUCACAAGCUAGAGAGCUGUUUGCAUCAUUUCUGGACAAGUCUCACUUUUUGAACACCAACAAACACACAACGUUCCUGCAAGACAGACAAACGCCUGCAAACAUUGUUGAGAUGCUGUUUUGUAACCUACAACAGUGACAAACAGAAACAAGCAGUUUAGGAUGAUGGACAUCCAGUCAUCACUUUCCUGAGCUUCACAGCAGCUGGCAGUUUCAACACUCUGGUGAUGAUCUCUGCACUUAAAGUGACACACACACAUUGGUCCAAAAGAAAUGAAUGACCCUGUGAAGAUGCUGCCUGUGGAUGUGACAGAUGACAACGACAUGAGAAAACAGGAAGAUGUCUUCUUUAAAAACUGUAUUUUUUAAUCUAUAGUUUUGGCGCUAUGGGUCGCUUAUCUUUUUGUGGGUGCACCUCCACAUGACAGAAGCACAAUCAUGCUUUUAUAAGCUUCACGUGUUUAAAUUUUCUUUAAGAGACAAUCCACCAUGUUUAAACGGUGGCUGCUGGCCCUGGUGGCCCGUGUCGGCCUCAUAGUGCUGGGCCUCUGCUGCUGUCUGUCGCUGUUCUACCUCCUGGCCUGCAAAAAACCUGUGUCUCACAGCAGCCAGCAGUCUCUGCUGUGGUCUGGAGGGGCCACCAGUAAGGAGGGAUACAUGGCUUUGUUGCAGGAGAGGGAGGACUCUCACAGGCAUUACAUCAACAGCCUGACAAAGCAGAUAGCCCAGCUGAAAGAGGCUCUCCAGGAGAGGACGCAGCAGCUCCAGGAGUCCCUGGAUAAAGCCAAAACCAAAGGGAUUUUGCCUCAGGGUCUGGAGAGUCUGCACAAGACCCCGACACAGUCUGACCUGAAGGAGUUCUUCCGCUCCCAGCUGAACCAGGCGGAGGUGAACUCAGGUGUAAAGCUGCCCAGUGAAUAUGCAGUGAUUCCUUUUGACACUUUUACUCUGCGGAGGGUAUACCAGCUGGAGACAGGGCUGACCAGGCACCCUGAGGAGAGGCCUGCAAGGAGAGACCGCAGGGACGAGCUGAUAGGCACCGUGGAAACAGCUCUGCACGUCCUGAAUGGACCUCAGCAACACACGGACAACAUCAGGCGGAAGCGCACGUACGCCCCUUCAGACUUCAUAGAGGGGUUGACUCGUACAGAGCGGGACAGAGGAACAGUUUAUGAGCUGAUGUUUAAAGGCGACGGCCCACAGGACUUCACGCAGAUCGUGCUCUUCAGGCCAUUUGGUCCCGUGAUGAAGGUGAAGAGCGAGAGUGUGGACACACACAGAAUGCUAAUCAACGUCAUCGUACCUCUCUCCAAGAGAGCGGACACAUUCAGGCAGUUCAUCAACAACUUCAGAGAAGUGUGCAUCCAGCAGGAUGGCAGAGUUCAUCUCACCGUUGUCUACUUUGGUCGAGAUCAAAUAGACCAGGUGAAAGCCACGCUGGACCAGACCACAAGAGAGACUCGGUUCAGGAGCUUCACACUGAUCCAGCUGAAUGAGGAGUUUUCUCGUGGCCGAGGCUUAGACGUGGGCGCCAGGGCUUGGAGGCGGAGCCAGAAUGUCCUGCUCUUCUUUUGUGAUGUUGACAUCCACUUCACCGCUGACUUCUUGACUUCCUGUCGACUCAACGCGGAGCCUGGUAAGAAAGUGUACUAUCCAGUGCUCUUCAGCCAAUACAACCCAUCUAUCAUCUACAGUAACCAGACGCUUCUACCCUCUGUUCACCAGCAGCUGGUGAUUAGGAAGGAAACUGGAUUCUGGAGAGACUUUGGGUUUGGUAUGACAUGUCAGUACAGGUCUGAUUUCAUCAACAUAGGUGGUUUUGACCGUAGCAUCAAAGGUUGGGGGUUGGAGGACGUGCACCUGUACAGGAAGUACCUUCACAGUAAGCUAAUGGUGAUUCGCUCCCCGUCUCGCGGCCUUUUCCACCUGUGGCACGAGAAGAACUGCGCAGACGAGCUCCCCCCGGACAAGUACAAGAUGUGCAUGCAGACCAAGGCCAUGAGCGAAGCCUCGCACGGCCAGCUGGGGGAGCUCUUCUUCAAAAGAGAGAUAGAGGCUCAUUUGAACUCCAUGAAGCAGAUAAACAAGGACAACUGAGACUGUUAAGAUUGUUAUGUAUGUUCUUGAUCUGGUUUUUAUGAUAAUUUAUGGCGACUUAGAUCACCUGAAAUUAUACCAGAGAACAGGAUCAUGUUAACAAAGAGGAAAAGGUGAUUUACUCUCAUUAUUUAUCUCCAGGGGAACAAAAACCUGCAAGGAACUGACAUCAAAACAAAUUGUUUGGUUUUAUUUUUGUGUUAAUAAAAGAAUGAAGG